UUUUUAUCAAGAGAUCUGGUCUCCUGACAAUUUGUCAAUUGACAAUCCGACCCUAUUCCCAACACUGCGACUCACCAAGUCACGAUCGCGGAACCGAACUCGCGGAAUCCUAGCGGAUGCUUUCUCGUCCCGCGAAACCCUUCUCCGGCUUUCGAAGGCGUUCGAAGGCAUCCCCACUCUGCGAAGAACCCUAGCGGCGUUCCACUCGCGAAGGCGCGGCUUUCCCGACUCGCGAUCGCGAAGAACCCUAGAGGUAUUCCAGACCAUACUCCAAUACAAUACUGUUCGGUCCCAGCGCAUAUUCAUCAGCAAGAAUCAUGCAGGCAUCAAGAGCUAGACUUUUUAAGGAAUACAAGGAAGUGCAACGAGAGAAAGGGGUAGACCCAGAUAUUCAGUUAAUAUGUGAUGAUUCAAACAUAUUUAAGUGGACUGCUCUUAUAAAGGGGCCUUCGGAAACACCAUAUGAAGGUGGUGUUUUUCAGCUUGCAUUUGCUAUUCCAGAACAAUAUCCUCUAUUACCUCCACAAGUUCGUUUCCUUACCAAAAUUUUUCAUCCAAAUGUGCAUUUCAAGACGGGGGAAAUUUGUCUCGAUAUUUUGAAGAAUGCAUGGAGUCCUGCAUGGACCCUCCAGUCUGUUUGCAGAGCUAUUAUUGCUUUAAUGUCUCAUCCAGAACCUGAUAGCCCCCUUAACUGUGAUUCAGGCAAUCUCCUUCGAUCAGGUGAUGUCAGAGGAUACCGGUCGAUGGCUAGAAUGUAUACCAAGCUUGCUGCCAUGCCAAAGAAGGGUGCUGAGAGCAGCCAUACAUUAUGAUGUUUGUGCACCUCUCUAUCGUUGUAAAAGAGUUUUAAAUUCUGGGUCAUCACAAAUAAUUGAAUGCCUUUGGUGGGGUUUCCUCGUUAAUCAAGCACACUGUUGUAAAAGAGUCUCUAUGGUCGUUCAAUGAUAUUGUACCUAACCGUGAUGUGACUUGCUGAUGAAUUGCCAUUCCUGUGUCAUUCCACAAUGUCUAAAAGUGAUGGUAGCUAUCUGGAUCUGCUCAACAGGAAAGAUAACAUUUAUCAUUAUUCAA